AUGGGAAAGAAUAAAGCCCUUGAAGGUGUAUAAAUUUAAGAUUGGUUAACCAUUAUUAAAAUGUAAAAAUUCAACAACGUUUCGCCACACUAAGUCUAAAAACUAUAAAAAUGUGAAAAAUUAUACACACAGUAAAAAAUUAAUUAAGAAUAGACGCACAUCGCACUCAGAGUUUUAAGUUGCUUUCAAAGGCAACUGCGGUACAGGAUCUUGUCAAAAAUUUCCCUUUGAUCGAUGUUUAUGGAGAUGCAAUGCGAGACAAAGAUCUUGUUGGCCAUGUUUUCCACAAUUCUGUGACUUCAAACCCAGUUCAGUGCUACUUGUGGUGUAUACACGACUGUCGAUGUUUAUCUUUUUACCACAAGGAAAAUAAUUAAACGACACAGCAAUAUACUGCAAAGUGAACAAAGGCAGUCAUUUCACUCACAACAUCUAGAACGUUCUACAGGAUGCCAUGCAACCUACGUAGGGUAUAUCAUUGAGAGGUAG